AUUUUUUUGUCGACAUGUGCUGCCAUCUUUUUUUUUUUAUACUUGAUGUUGGCAGCAAUACUUUUCCAGCAUAGCCAACUGUAUUUCCUUUUUCUCCUUUCUUUCCGCCUGUAACUUUGAUAGGCAUUAGUACCUACAGUAAUCAAAAUGGAAAACGACCAAAAAGAAUUUGUGGAUCUUUACUGGCCGCGAAAAUGCUCCUCAAGCAACAGAAUUAUUCAUGCUAAAGAUCAUGCUUCUAUUCAGCUAACUCUUGCUGAUGUCGAUCCCGCAACUGGCAGGAUGACAGAUGUACAUAAAAUGUACGCCAUUUGUGGAGCCAUCCGUCGUAUGGGAGAAUCCGACGAUUGCAUUGUUCGACUCGCAAAAAAGGACGGAAUUUUAGCUAAGAAUUUUUAAUUUCAUGCGUACAAUAAUUAUUAAAUAAAUAAUUAAAUAAAAAAAAUACCAAUAUAAA